UGGAGCCCAUCAAGGUGUCCCUUUCUCCAAGGAAGCCCCUUGUAGGCGGGGACACUGUGGUGGCUUUGGGACCCAUGAGCGGGGCACUGUAGCUUAGAAAUGCCUUAAACCCCCUCUAAGAGCCCAGAGCUGCUGCUGCGGCCUCUCCCCGGUGACGCAGCUGUCCCCAUCGGCCGCCGCCAUGCGCUCCGUGCGUUCCCUGCCUGCCUUCAGCGCCGCCCCGAGCCGCAGGAAGAGCGAGGAUGAGGAGGAUGAGGAUGAGUUGGUCAGCCAGGAGCCCGUGCAGGACGUGGCCAAGAUCCCCUACAUGGAAUUCACGGGCCAGGACAGCGUCACCUGUCCCACCUGCCAAGGCACCGGCUGCAUCCCCACAGAGCAGGUGAACGAGUUGGUGGCUCUGAUCCCCUACAGUGACCAACGGCUUCGUCCUCAGAGAACGAAACUCUAUGUGCUGCUCUCAGUGCUGCUGUGCCUGCUGCUGUCUGGCCUGGGGGUUUUCUUCCUGUUCCCCCACUCUGUGCUGGUGAACGAUGACGGCAUCAAAGUGGUCCAGGUGUGGUUUGACAGGAAAAACUCCGCUGUCCUCCUGGCCAUCACGGCCACCCUGAGGAUCAGGAAUUCCAACUUCUACUCGGUGUCAGUGAGCAGCCUGAGCAGCCAGGUGCAGUACAUGAACACCGUGGUGGGCAGCCAGCAGCUCACCAAUGUCUCCAGCAUCCAGCCCCUGCGGGACAAACUGGUGAAUUUCACCGUGAAGGCAGAGCUGGGUGGAUCCCUGUCCUAUGUGUAUUUUUUCUGCACUUUGCCCAAGGUGAAGGUCCACAACAUCGUGAUCCUCAUGAGGACCUCGGUGAAGCUCUCCUACAUCGGCCACAGCGCCCAGAGCGCCCUGGAGACCUUCCACUACCUGGACUGCAGCUCCAACUCCUCGGCCCCGGCGCGGGGCCCACCCUGA